AAUCGGGGGUGGGGGACGGCGAGAGCGCGGGGCGCUGCCGGGCGGGGCUGGGGACCAGUGAUGAGCGAGCGUGCGAGGAGGCUGCACGCCGCCGCCACUGCCGCCCCGAGCCGCUGCCGGCGGUCCCGGCCCCGGCCAUGGAGACGCUGAACGGCCCCACCGGCGGCGGCGCCCCGGACGCUAAGCCUCAGUCGCCCGGCCAGCACCACCGCCACCACCACCUCCACCCGCUGGCCGAGAGAAGGCGGCUGCACCGUGCACCCUCGCCCGCCAGACCCUUCCUCAAGGACCUGCACGCCCGGCCCUCCGCGCCCGGCCCGGCCCCGGCUGCCCCCUCCCAGAGCCGAGUCGCGGUGCCCGCCGCCCCGCGCUCGCCAAGCCUGGCGGGCAAGGCACCGCCCUCGCCGGGGCCCCUGGCUGCUCCCGGCCGCCUCUCCCGGCGCAGCGGCGGCGUCCCCGGUGCGAAGGACAAGCCGCCGCCGGGCGCUGGGGCCAGGGCGGCGGGCGGCGCCAAGGCCGCCCCGGGAACCCGGAGGGCGGCGCGCGCGGGGCCCUCCGAGCCACUGCCUCGAGCCGGGAAGCCGCCCGCGGCCGAACUGUCGCCUGCCGCCGCCAAGGGCCGCAAAGCCAAGCGCGGUUCCGGGGCGCCAGCCGUCCGCACCCUCGGCCCCCCGGCCCCGGCCGCUCGCGUCCCCUCCGUGACCCUCUCCGUGACCUCGGUGGCCGGCUCCCCUGCGCCGGGCUCGCGCAUCAGCCACACGGACAGCAGCUCCGACCUCUCCGACUGCCCCUCCGAACCCCUGUCCGACGAGCAGCGCCUGCUCCCAGCAGCCAGCAGCGAUGCGGAGUCCGGCACCGGCUCCAGCGAUCGGGAACCCCUGCGAGGAGCGCCCACGCCAAGCUCUGCAGCUCGGGGGGCGCCGCCGGGCAGCCCCGAGCCCCCAGUGCUCCUCGCCGCGCCCCCCACUGCCUCUCUCGGGGGCCGAAGCAGCCCAGGCGGGGUCCCCAUGGGGUCUCCGGGACCGUGUGCGGCGGAGGAUGCUGGGGGACGCGUGCCGCCGGAGCGAGCGGUUCCCGGGACACCCAAAGAGCCCAGCCUGGGCGAGCAGCCCCGGCUGGCGCAGCUGCCGGCGGCAGAGGAGGAGGAGCUGCUGCGGGAGAUGGAAGAGCUUCGCUCGGAGAACGACUAUCUCAAGGACGAGCUGGAUGAGCUCCGAGCUGAGAUGGAAGAGAUGAGAGACAGUUAUCUGGAGGAAGAUGUUUACCAGCUGCAGGAACUCCGGCGAGAACUGGACCGCGCUAAUAAAAACUGCCGGAUCCUGCAGUACCGUCUCAGGAAAGCCGAGCAGAAGAGCCUGAAGGUGGCCGAGACCGGGCAGGUGGAUGGCGAGCUCAUCAGAAGCCUGGAGCAGGACUUGAAGGUAGCCAAAGACGUGUCUGUGAGAUUGCACCACGAGCUGGAGACUGUGGAGGAAAAGCGUGCGAAAGCUGAGGACGAAAAUGAAACUCUGCGGCAGCAGAUGAUUGAAGUGGAGAUAUCCAAGCAGGCCCUGCAGAACGAGCUGGAGAGACUGAAGGAGAGCUCCCUGAAAAGAAGAGGCAGUCGGGAAAUGUACAAGGAGAAGAAGGCCUUGAACCAGGACGACAGCGCCGACCUGAAAUGCCAGCUCCAGUUUGCCAAAGAGGAAGCCUCCCUGAUGCGCAAAAAGAUGGCCAAGCUGGGGCGGGAGAAGGACGAGGCGGAGCAGGAGCUGCAGAAGUACAAGGCCCUGUACGGCGACGUGGACAGCCCCCUCCCCACAGGGGAGGCCGGUGGGCCCCCCAGCACCAGGGAGGCCGAGCUGAAGCUGCGGCUGAAGCUGGUGGAGGAAGAAGCCAACAUCUUGGGCCGGAAGAUCGUGGAGCUGGAGGUGGAGAACCGAGGCCUCAAGGCGGAGAUGGAGGACAUGCGGGUGCAGCAGGAGCGGGAGGGAGCGGGCCGGGACCACGUGCCAGCCAUUCCUACCUCACCCUUCGGCGACUCCCUGGAGUCGUCCACGGAACUUCGCCGGCACCUGCAGUUUGUAGAGGAGGAAGCGGAGCUGCUGCGCAGGUCCAUCUCCGAGAUUGAAGACCACAACCGGCAGUUGACCCACGAGCUGAGCAAGUUCAAGUUUGAGCCUCCCCAGGAGCCAGGGUGGCUAGGGGACAGCGCAGGCAAGGGUCCCGGAGGCGGGGCCCCUCUGCAGGAGGAGCUCAAGUCGGCCAGGCUGCAGAUCAAUGAGCUGAGCGGGAAGGUGCUGAAGCUGCAGUAUGAGAACCGGGUGCUGCUGUCCAACGUCCAGCGCUGCGACCUCGCAGCCCACCUGGGGCUGCGCGCCCCGAGCCCUCGCGACAGCGAUGCUGAGAGCGACCUGGGCAAGAAGGAGAGCGAUGGGGAGGAAGCCCGCCUGUCCCAGCCCAAGCGGGAAGGGCCCGUGGGUGGGGAGAGCGACUCGGAGGAGACGUUCGAGAAGUCGUCGGGCUUCGGGAGCGGGAAGCCCUCGGAGGUGAGCGAGCCAUGUCCGGCGGAGCUCCUGCGGGCCCGCGAGGACUCCGAGUGCCUGGUGAUCAUAAAGCAGGAGGCACAGCGGCUCGAGCGGACCGUGGAGCGCCUCAUCACAGACACCGAUGGCUUCCUGCACGACGCAGGGCUGCCGGGUGGCGGCGGCACAGCCUCCCCCUGGGGGCCUGGGGGUCAGGACGAGGGUGAGGGGGGCAAGAAGGAGUCCCACCUGCUGGGCGCCAUCAAUGCCAGGAUGAAGGCUUUCAGGAAGGAGCUGCAAGCCUUCCUGGAGCAGGUGACUCGGAUUGGGGAUGGCCUGUCCCCCUCGUCCCACCUCACUGAGUCGUCCAGCUUCCUCUCGACCGUGACCUCCGUGUCCCGGGACUCCCCCAUCGGGAACCUGGGCAAGGAGCUGGGCCCAGACUUGCAGUCCAAGCUGAGGGACCAGCUGGAGUGGCCGUUCAGCCAGGACCGAGGGGACGAGCGCGAGAGUCCGCGCCCGCGAGCCACCCGGGAGCUGCACCGGCACGCCGACGGCGACGCUGGGAGCCACAGGCCGGGAGGCCAGAGCUGCUUCAAUCUCGAGCUCAGGGGCCCCCCCGUUUUACCCGAGCAGAGUGUAUCGAUAGAGGAGCUACAGGGUCAGCUCGCGCAGGCGGCCAGACUGCAUCAAGAGGAGACAGAGACAUUUGCAAACAGGAUCCGCAAGAUGGAGGAGGAGCACCUGUACGCCCUACGGUGGAAAGAACUGGAGAUGCAUAGCCUGGCUCUGCAGAACACCCUGCACGAGCGCUCCUGGAGUGAUGAGAAGAACCUGCUGCAGCAGGAGCUGCGGGCCCUGAAGCAGAACAUUUUCCUCUUCUACGUCAAACUCCGGUGGCUGCUGAAACACUGGCGGCAAAGGAAGCAGAUGGAGGAGGAGGGAGAGGACUUUUCGGAGGGCGACCAUCCAGAGACCUUCCCUGGGCUCAAUGACCUUGGACUUCAGGGGGGUCACCAGGUGGAUGGACCAGACCUAGAUGACACAGACCGAGGCUGUGGCUUUCCCAUGGGGGAGCUCCCCCAACACGUUCCAGGGCAGAAUGGUCAGCAUGGAUUGAGGCUGCAGACGGCAGAUGGGGUGCAGGUGCACAAGCAGGUGGUGGAAAACCAGCAGCUGUUCGGUGCUCUCAAGGUGCUUCUGGAAGACCUGCGGGAGGAGCUGCGGGAGGAGGCGAGGGCGCGACGGCGCCUGCAGCAGCAGCACGCCAGCGACAAGGCUGCCUGGGACGUGGAGUGGGCCGGGCUCAAGUGCCGCCUGGAGCAGCUGGAAGAGAAGACGGAAAAAAACUUGGGAGAACUAGGCUCCUCCUCGGAGAGCAAAGGGGCCUUGAAGAAGGAGAGAGAGGUGCACCAGAAGCUGCUGGCUGACAGCCACGGCCUGGUCAUGGACCUGCGCUGGCAGAUCCAGCACAGCGAGAAGAACUGGAACCGAGAGAAGGUGGAGCUCCUCGAGCGCCUGGACCGAGACCGGCGAGAGUGGGAGCAGCAGAAGAGGGAGCUCUUGUGGAGAAUAGAGCAGCUGCAGAAAGAGAGCAGUCCCCGGCGAGGUGGGAGCUUCCUCUGCGAUCAAAAGGAAGGCAGCACGCGGCUCUUUUUUCUACAGGAGGCCUGCGGCUUGCCCGUCGUGGCCAUGUGGCCUUGCGCAGACACCGACUCCCUCCCAUUCGAAGACCGGCCGCUGUCCAAGCUGAAGGAGUCGGACAGGUGCUCGGCCAGCGAGAACCUCUACUUGGAUGCGCUGUCCCUGGACGACGAGCCGGAGGAGCCUCCACCCCACAGGCCCGAGAGAGACUUCAGGAACUGCGGCCCCGAGGAAGAAGACAACCACAAGGGGAAUCUUCAAAGGGCGGUGUCUGUGUCCUCCAUGUCGGAGUUCCAGCGCCUGAUGGACGUGUCCCCCUUCCUGCCUGAGAAGGGCCUGCCGUCUGCCAGCAGCAAGGAAGACGUCACCCCGCCCCUGUCCCCUGACGACCUGAAGUACAUCGAGGAGUUCAACACCAAGAGCUGGGACUACACGUCCCCCAGGUCCCCCAGCGGGGCUGGGGCCGAGAGGCCUGCGGACCUCUGGGCAGACAGGACCGAGGCGGGGCGGGCAGGGUGCGAAGCCAGCGCGGAGCCCUUCUCGGACUCCUCCUGGUACCUGACCACGAGCGUCACCAUGACCACGGACACCAUGACCAGCCCAGAGCACUGCCAGAAGCAGCCGCUGCGCAGCCACGUCCUCACCGAGCAGUCCGGUGUGCGUGUGCUGCACAGCCCGCCCGCCGUCCGCAGGAUGGAUGGCAUCGUGCAGGGGGGCAGCGAGGGCAGGGGCCGGCUGGACCCCGAGGGGCCCUUUCCCACCAGCAGGGCCAGAGUGAGCCUGGGCGACGCCAAGGGGGGACCCCUGGAACCCAUGCUUGGAAGGUGGCCUUGUGCCCCCUGCAAACACCCCCGAGACUACAUGGAGGGGGCCCUGCGCCCCCUCGAGAGCCCCCUGUGUACCCCCCUGGGCUUCGCCUCCCCCUUGCACAGCCUAGAGAUGUCCAAGAACAUGAGUGAUGACAUGAAGGAGGUGGCUUUCUCCGUCAGGAGCGCCAUCUGCUCCAGCCCGCCCGAGCCACAAGUUAAGGACAUGGCCUGCCAGACCAACGGGUCCCGGACCACGGGCACGCAGACCGUGCAGACCAUCAGCGUGGGCCUGCAGACGGAAGCCCUCCGGGGCAGUGGUGGCGUCACCAGCAGCCCCCACAAGUGUCUCACACCAAAGGCGGGGGGCGGCACCACACCCGUGUCGUCUCCUUCCCGCAGCCUUAGGAGCAGGCAGGUGGCCCCCGCCAUCGAGAAGGUGCAGGCCAAGUUUGAACGCACGUGCUGCUCCCCCAAGUACGGGUCUCCCAAGCUGCAGCGGAAGCCCCUCCCCAAAGUGGACCAGCCAAAUAGCAGGACCUCACCGGGUGUGGCCCAGAAGGGGUACAGCGAGUCGGCCUGGGCACGCUCCACCACCACGAGGGAGAGCCCCGUGCACACCACCAUCAACGACGGCCUCUCCAGCCUCUUCAACAUCAUCGACCAUAGCCCCGUGGUGCAGGACCCCUUCCAGAAGGGGGCGCGGGCUGGGAGUCGGUCCCGCUCGGCAGAACCCCGCCCCGAGCUGGGCCCAGGCCAGGAGACAGGCACCAGUUCCCGGGGAAGGUCGCCCAGCCCCAUUGGUGUAGGUGCUGAGACGUCCAGGGAGGAAGGGGGAGAGGGCACGCCGGUGAGGCAGGACCUAGCCGCUCCCCCUGGCUACACGCUCGCCGAGAACGUGGCCCGGAUUCUCAACAGGAAGCUGAUGGAGCACGCCUUAAGGGAGGAGGCGAGGCAGGCCACCCACGGUCCCCCGAGUCUCAGUGACAACCACACGGCAGAUGCGGCCACAGCCGAGCCAGGGCCCAUGGAGGAACUACCUUGUUCUGCACUAGCUCCAUCCCUAGAGCCCUGCUUCUCCAGGCCCGAGAGACCAGCAAACCGUCGGCCUCCGUCCCGGUGGGCCCCACCGUCCCCCACUGCCUCACAGUCUCAGUCCCCUGGAGACCCGACGUCCUUGGAGGAGCGUGGCGACGAGGAGCCGCUGGAGGAGAAGCCACGCCGUGAUGCAAGCUUGCAUGGAUUAUCACAGAAUAAUUCAUUGUGAUUUGCAUAACCACACCAUCGUCACCAACCUCUGCCCCAAAAGAGAGCUCUGGUUUUCUCAAGGUUAAAGAAUGUUUAACAAAACAAAACAAAACAAAACACAGCUGCUGAAUGUUCAACCUGUGAAACUGAGAUGUUUCUAGAAUGAAACAGUAAAUGUGCCUGUAAUAACUUAAUUUUUUUCAUAGCUCAGAAAACUAUUUUUGUCUCCAUCUUUUUUACACACAAUAUAUUAAAUGAAAAAAGUAAAUAAGGUAUAAAUAGAUUUAAAAAAAUAAAAGUUUUAAAACUGUACAUUUUAAGAGAUGCCGAACACCCUCUCGCUCAAACUGACUGCCUCUCUGUUAGAUUUGCACUGUUACUUUUUGGUUGGGUUUAUUUCCAUGUUGAAUGAACGUGGUUUAAGUUAAUUUUAUUUUGUCAGUGUUACUGUUUUUUAAGAAUUUUUUUUUAAAUGCUUCAGACUGUCUGAUUCCGUGAACUUUUUGUACUGAAAAAGCCGUGGAGCCAGGAGAGCAGACAGGUGGUCUGUAGACUGGAGGAGAGGUGCUGAGCCCUCUGGUGCGCCUGGGGCACUCGCCGGCUGUGUAAUCCACCUGCUCUCUUCUGGGCCGCACGUCCGGUUUCAGGUGCAUGUACGUGACUGCGCUGUGUCCCCGCCCUCCCCGCCACGUGAGUCGGCCCGGCCCACUGUUGUCAGUCGUGACGCCCCUCGCCCUGCACUUUUAGCCUCCAGCCUCUGGCUUUGAUGAGACAACAGCAACCACCUUUAUAAGAUGAUUGUUAAAGAGAUGAACCGGCACUGUACAGAAGUGUUCGCGAAAGUUUCUUGUGAAGGGAAAGCACUACACACAGGCACCAGGAUACCAAAUGGAAACACGACAGUGCCUCGGCGUCUGUGUGAGGCCGCGAUGAAGUAGAAAUAAAGCCUUUGCGAGCCAGCA